AUGAAGAUCCCAUCAGGUUUACUUGACUUUGAUGGAAAAGCUGUCAAGGGAGAAAUCAGCUUGAAAGGUGGUAACAACACGAAGCUCCACGAAGAGGGCAUAAAGCAGGAAGGCAAUCGCUUCACCUGCUACGCUCUAACCUCGAAAAACGAUGCCAUCACACCAUGCUUGGCCAUCAACUCUGGCGUUGUCGAGUUUGUUGAUGUUGUCGUCGAUGGUAUCUUACGAGCUUCGCACAGCAACGACAAGCCCACCGCUCAGUUCAGUAAGAACUUCAAUGAUUUGUUUGUAGGUCAAGUUAAAGAAGGUAACAAAUAUUCCACCAAAACUUAUCAAUUACAAGUAGCAAAGCGCAAUACCGAAAAAUCACGAUUCGUCCAGGGCAGCAAACCUUCCGCAGUCAGCAGCAUCGAAAUGCAAAUAUUCCGACGAGAUCCCAAUGCUCAUAAGGCUCACUCAAAAGACUCAGAUUCAGAUUCCUCUUCCUCCUCCUCCUCCUCCUCAUCAUCAUCAUCAUCAUCAAGCGAAGGAACCCGAGAUCUCGGCGAUGCACAACGUGCACCCACAUUCGAAGAUUAUGCGGAAUGGUGGCACCUUAACCCAUGUGUUGAUGAAGAUGCAAUUGCUCCUCCACCUUUUGAAGUCGCCGGUGUUAAUCACAAAAACUUGACUGGUCCUGCCAUGAAAAACGCCAAAAACCGUAUUUUGAAGAAAUGGCCAGGCGAUUUCAAGCUUUGGGCCUCAUUCAAAUUCUUGCUCUUUUCUACAGCAGACUUUUACACGUUGGGCUUCCUCGAUACCCCAGAUUAUAAUGGAACUCCAUGGAACGAACCAAAAUCUACUUCGAAGAAAUCGACCGUGAAGGAUGUUACCCAGAUCUCAAAGUCUACUCCAUCUAUUGAUGUCGAGGCUGAUGCUACUGAAGAGUAUGAUGGCGCUGCAGAUAUUCUGGUAUCAAAGCCGGAGGGUGGCCUUGAUGAGGCAGUAGAGACUGUCAAAGGCAAGGAAAUUCGCAGGAAGACUUAUAACACCGGUGUUUCUGAAGGGCUUGAAGUAUCUUCUCUGCUGGCUAAUCUAAUGGAAACAGCUGGAAGACAGAACAGGAUCAUCCAAGAUUCUUAUUCAUCGGAUUUCCGUUACGAAAGCCCUGAUAUUGAAAUUAUCGCAACUGUUUCCAGGCCUGUUCAUCUUUCAGAUGGUUCUCAAAUUAUUGGCUCUAGCGAACCGGCAGACACCGUACUUUCUGUACCGAGCAUUAAGGUUGAGAAAGCUAAAUUGGACAUUAAUGAUGUUGAUCAAGACAAUAAUGUUCGCACAAACCGCCAGAAACAGAAACCAGUGUCCAUGCCCGGUAUUGAAGGAGCUCCAGCAUACAAAGCCUGGAAAGAUCCUACUCGCUCUGAAUGGAAUCAGCGCAACAUAUCAGGUCCGGAUUCAGACAACAUUUCUACGGUCAUUAUUGAUCAAUUGCAUACCGAGCAAGACCCCAUCUUGUCAGACAAGGCUCAGCUUUUAAUUUCGGACAACUUGAGGCAGUCCUCUGUGCCAUGUGUGAUUGGAGAAACCACCGAGAAAGACAAGGCGGCUCGCUUUAAGUCACUUAGUGUUGAGGCGAGUGGUUUAUCUUGGGAGCCAAUGACCCCUCCUCCAACUUCGAAGAAGCAAGGUACCAAGCACUUUACCAAUUUUGGAGGUGAAAGCCGACGUGUAUUGUCAGGAGAUUUACAUGGUGCAAAGCAAUAUGAAUCUGCAGCUCGUGCUAUUGUUACCGAAGAUGAUUAUAGCGACAAUAGUAGUCGUGAGGCCAGUCCAUCCAUUGACUAUCGUCAGAGAAUCGCGGAAAAGAAAACCGAAAAGAUCAAGCAACGUGGUCUAGGAUUCACCUUCGAAUCACCAGCCCCAGAUCAAGAGGAAGCAGUCCCGUCUUCAAACAUCGAUUUGAUGGAAACAAAUUUUGAUGAGUUUAUUAAUGACUCUACCCAGCCUGAAGAUACAGAAAUGAUCGAUGCUAUCGAAACCAAACUUGAACCAAAAGUCAGAUCGCCAUCACCUAUGGUCAAUCCUCAAUUUCAAGUCACAAAACAAGUCCAAGAUUCUAUGAUUAUGGUCUCACCUUUGCAAUCUCAAGACUUGACCACCUCUCAGAAGGGUCAAGCAGGAUCUCAAACACCAACAGAAGACGUCGAUCCAAGCUUAAUUGAAGAUAUCGCGAAGGUUAAAAAGACCAACCAAGCCAAACGAUAUCCAUCAAGUGCCAUCCCUGAAGCUGAAUCUGAAGAAUCUAAAGAAGCAGAUCAGCCCGAAGUCCCGCUAGACACCGAGAUGACUGAUUUCAACAGAAAAGUUGUGCCUACCGAAACCAAGACGUCUAACGGUAAAUUCGAUGAUGCACCAGUCGAUAUUGGAAAUCAACAGGAUGGCCCACAAGAUCCUUCUUCUCCUUCUGGGGUUGACGAGUCUACCAUAGCAGUUGCUCCGGUUAAGCCAGCCAAACAACCAAAGACAAGAGCACCAGCUGCUACCAAAUUAUCCUCUACCUCGAAGACAUCAUCUGUUCCAAAGACUCCGUCCGCCCCCGUUUCAAAAGCACCAGCUUCCCAGAAAACACCCGCUGCUCAAAAGUCGCCGGCUGUAAAAAUCGAAAAGUCUUCGGCAGGACAGUCAGCACCAGUUAAGCCUGAACAAUCUCAGGCCAGGGCAAAGAAGCCAGCGCCAAAGACUUCCAAGGCUCCAAGCGCCCCAAAGAUAUCAAAGGCUGCAGCAUCCGCCAGCUCUGAAGAACCCACAUCUAAAUCCAAGAGCAAAGGCAAAGCUAGGGCCGGAGCAAAUGGUAAGCGUAAAGCCGAUCAGAUGACAUCCGCUAUCACUAGUUCAGGACCAAACAAGACAAAUGCAUCUCCUGCUCUGAAGCAAACUUCUAUCGUCGAACGUGAGACUGCCGCAGCGGAAGCACGUAUGCAAGCAGCGGCCGAGAGAAAGAAAGCUUUGGAAGAGGAGUUGCAGGCAACCCGGGGUAUGAAAGUGCAGUUGGAAAAGGCAAAUGAGAUCAAUAGACAGGCCCAAGCUAUAGAGGAUGAAAAUGCUGCGCUGAAAUUAGGAGAAUCGCUGCACAAUACAAUGAGGAGUAAGCUUACUGGACCAAGUCGAACCAACAUACCAAACUGGGAAGCUUAUGAUACAAGGCCGUAG